CCAUAGGUUGGGAAGACAAGAGCAGAUCCGUUUGCGUCUAUGUUACACCAUUCAGCUAUAUUUAUUUAUUUAUUUUCUGCCCUCCUUUGGGAUUUGUUUAUUAGCAAACACGCAGCCUGACAGUAUGUGCAGUCACAGAAGAAGGAUUGCUGGGAUCCUCAGUGUGAUUGUGUUAAUAAUCGCCUCAAUUUCCUUGUAUUCAAGGCAUCUAACUACCAUUGCCCUCACUGAAGAACUUCAUGCACUCAGGGAAGAAAAACCACUAAACAUUAUUGAUUUGGAUUCCGCAAUUAACUUUGGGGCCAGGACAGGAAUUGAAACUCGGACUUCCUGGAACGCACCAAUUAUGUGGGAGUCGAUGUUUGAUGGCAGUCUUUAUGACCAAAUGCACAAGGAAGCAAAUACAGCAGUGGCCCUCACCGUUUUUGCAGUUGGAAGGUAUCUGGAGGCUUAUCUCAACAAGUUCCUGACCUCAGCUGAAGAACAUUUUAUGGUGGGGUUAAAGGUGACAUUUUUUGUGUUUACGGAUUCACCAGAGAAGGUACCAGAAAUUAGCUUUGCACCUCAGCGAAAUCUCAAAGUUGUCAAGGUAGAAAAGUACAACCGGUGGCAAGAUAUCUCUAUGAUGCGAAUGAAAACGAUAUCUGAAAUAAUCGACACAGUCCUCAAGCACAACUUCACUUAUGUCUUCUGCUUUGAUGUGGAUCAGAUAUUUACAGCAAGAUUUGGCUCUGAAGCUCUUGGGGAGUCGGUGGCUCUACUUCAUGCUCACUAUUACAAACUACCAAAGUACAGGUUCACAUAUGACAGGAAUCCAAAAUCCAAAGCUUGCAUGACUGAAGGUGAUUACUACUACCAUGCUGCAAUUUUUGGAGGAACUUGUGAAAAAGUAAAGGCUUUGGCAGAUUACUGUUACUUGAACAUCAUGGAGGACAAAAUGAAUGAUGUGGAGGCUUUAUGGCAUGAUGAAAGUCACUUAAACAAGUACUUUUGGCUAAAUAAACCUACUAAGUUGCUCUCGCCCGAGUACUGCUGGGACAGAAGUCUCCCUAAUAAUGACAUACUCAUCGAGCGCCUAAUAUGGGCUCCAAAAGAUUAUGAAAAGCUUCGUACUCGGUAAUGUGCGCACAAACUUUUUAAUAUGAUAUUGGGAAGGAAAAUAAAUGUUUACGAAAUGUGAUGUUGGGUUAUCCAAUAAAUGUACACCUUGAAAACCUUAACUCUUGUUGCUAGCUUGCAAAUGAUUCUCAAACUUUACAUCUUGUAGUAUAGUUGACUUUACUCAUCAGGUGAUGUAUGACAUUACUCAUUCAAACAUUUUCUUACACCAAAAGCACUUUACAGGAUUAGAAAAUACAUUUAAAAUUUCAGUGAAAAUAC